AUGGCUGCGCGUAAGGAUGCAGGCGACAGUGAAGGUGAUGCUGGAGGCUCCAGGGCCCGUCGCAACCCGAGUGUGGAUGAUAUCGACAUUGGAGGAAAGUCCAUUGGUGAUCGACUACUGAGAGAACGUCUCCGUAAUAUGAUGAUCAAAAAUGAAGAACUUACAAGUUUUGCUUCUCAGAAAGGCCCAAAUGUGGAUGAUGUUGAGGCAGAAAACAGGAAAGGUUUGAGGGACGGGCGCCUUAAGGAGAGGUUGCGAAGUAGCUUUGGAACGAAGGAGGAAUCGGGGGGCAGAGCCGCGAAGGUUGAUGGCAAGAGUAGAAGGGAGCAGAGGGCCGCGAAACGUGAUCAGAUGGACGUCGAGGUGUUCAAUGCUGUGAAGAAUGGGGAUCCUCAAAAGCUGAGAGAACUGAUGGAUGAUGGUGCUAAUAUGAAUACGGUUUACAGAGACUACUCCAACAUCAGUACCAAGUCUCUGCUGCACGUGUGCUGUGAAAAGGGACAGUUGUUAUGUGCAAAGAUCCUUGUUGAGAAUGGAGCCUUUCUCAACAUUCGAGACAAAUGGGGACAGACUCCGCUGAUGUACUGUAUGAUAACACAGUACCAUGAAAUUGGUGAGAUGCUUCUGGAUCGGCAGCCAAAUCUGGUUGACGAUAAGGAUCACUUCGGGAAAUCCGCUCUCCACUGCGCCGCGGAGUCCGGGUCAUUGGAGUCGGUGAGGCUGCUGCUGAAGUAUGGAGCUGACGUGUGUGGUCACGACUGUUACGGCGUCACCCCGGUCAUGUCCGCCGUGUCUCAGAAGGAAGGCUGCUCAGAUUAUAGCGGAGUCAUACAGAUGAUGGUCGAUGCUGGCUAUAAACUUGAACUCAAAGAUUUCCGGAGCAAGAGAACAGCACUACAGAUGGCCGUCUUGGCGGGAAAUAUCGCGGCAGUGGAAAUUCUGCUUACGGCAGGAGCUGAUGUCAAUACAAUAGAUGGCGGGUUGAGAACGCCACUGACGAAUGCCAUCUAUCGGUUUGCCCGAAAAACCACGGCGGGUGGACCGUGUGUAGUGGAGCCCGACGGUAUGGUGAUCAUCGUCAUGCUGACUCAGUAUCAAAGCAACCUCAACAUGUCCCAAGAUCAAUGUAACCCACUGGUUGGCUGUGCCUCUGUGGAUAACGCAGAACUGGCCCAAUAUUUUCUUGAUAAUGGGGCAAAUCCCAACAUAAGAUUUGAACCGUCUGGGGCUACACCUCUGAUCAUCGCCACAGGCAAGAACAGCGUCUCUGUGGUAAGAGUCUUGCUAGAGUGGCCCUGCCAGACGAAUCAGAUGAGUAUCGUUCAUCGCUGUGAUGUGGACUAUACCAUGGACGCUCUACAGUUGGCCUUACUUCUGGGACAUAUGGAGAUUGCAAGGCUUCUUGUCUUGUCUGGAUGCAGUCUGCAGUCUGUGAGGUACCUAAAGCGGUUUAUUGUUGGAGAGGAAAUCCCGUUUUCGUUGCAGCGUAAUCCGGAGUUCUUCGAGUGGCUACAAGACUUGGCAAGCAACCCCGUGCCCUUGUUAGAGGCGUGCGUGCGAUGUGUCAGAAAGGUUCUUGUCGGUUCCUUACAAAGUAAGGUGGAGUGUCUGCCCGUUCCUAACCAGAUAAAGGAUAUGAUAACAGUCGCAAACAGCCUGGAUUGCUCUGACACGUUCUCAUUUGUUAAGUGAUAUCUGGAUAUCGGCUUAGUAAUGUUGGAGAGUGAUAAUGCUUUCCAUUAAUGUGAAUUGGUGGUUGCUCGAUGCUCCCUCAAAAACAUCAGUAUAAUACUAUAUCUCUAUGUUAACUUUAUUGCAUAUGUUCUCCGAGCUUGUAAUCAGGUAAAACUUGCUGAGACAAACAUUUACAUAUUUGUCUUGAUUUGACCGGGACUGAGGAAACUUAUUUCGAAAAAUGUCAAGCGGGACUGGUCACUUUCUGGAAAUGUUCAUAACUGUCAAACCGCCCAGUUAACAUUUUUGUGCACGCAAUCUGUGAUGAAUUAAAAGAAAAUAGUUUUCCACAUUUGUUUGGCGAUACAUUUUAUUAUUAAUCGUUGUGGCAUAUAGAACCGUGUAAAAAUAGACAGUCUUCAUUUUUUCUCCUGCUUUGCCUUGUACAUUUCAAAUAUAUCAUUUUAAAUAUAGGCUACAUUUGUGUAUAUGGUUAG